GGAGGGAGGAGAGGACAGGAAAGGAAUGAGGGAGCCGAUUUUUAAAGCAGGAGAGGUAGCAGCUCUAAGCCUCUCCCCAGCUGCCAGAUAUUCAGGGAAAAUGCCAAAGAUUUUCAUGUCGAGACUGCCAGAGAGCUUUCUGUAUGUAUUUCCCUCUUAGCUAUGCAUGCAUGUCUGGGAAUAAAUCUCUGGCUGCCUCGCUACCAGGGAUCCUCUUCAGGGUGGGUGAGAGAAGAGGGUGCUGGGAAAGAGCCACACUGAGGAGUGUCUUGAAACUCCCAGGCAGGCGGAGAAGGGAGCCGCCUGCUUCCCGUCCCCUCUGCAUUCCUCAGUCAUGAAGCCCCUCUCCGAGCCCAGAGUCUGAUGUCAUCCAGGACACCGUUGGGCCCCGAGGAGCUGUCCCCUCCCCGUCCGGCUCCCUGCUGCUGCCCAAGUCCCUCAGGGACUGCUCUGCCUCCGGAAAUGAACUGCUGUUGGAGUCAGGGAAGGACCCGGUGAGAUCCAGUCUCCCGGACGACAGGCGCUGGGGUGGUCUCCCUGGGGAAGAAGCAGGCUCCGGCUGAGCACUUGUGGAGACAUUCCAGGGAAAGGAUCUUGGGGGCCUCUGCCUGCCGCCGCCGCUGGAACUUUGGCUUGCAUACCGGACCUGCUCCUCCCCUCUCCUGGCCCCUGGAACAUGAGCUCCGACCAGCAGCUUACGGACUCACGGGGGCAGCACAGGUAGGCAGACAGUGUUCCUUUUACCUGUGGGCUCAGGAGCAAGUGAGCAGGCACUGGGAAAUCUCAGCUCUCAGGCCACUGUCAUGUUGAGGAAUGAUAGCAGCAGCUUGAGCCCGGAUCCCCUGCCCCUCCGGAGAGGCAGCCACACGUCUCAGCUCCCUUCUUCCAGCAGCCUCUGGGGCUUUGGAAAUCGGAGAACAUGCUGACUCUGUAACCUGGGGGCGAUGCUGCCCGAGCCCUUCAGGGACCUUCUUUGCCGGUUGCCUUCUCUAUAGCUCCUGGAUUUAUUUUGAGACUUUCUCGAAGACCCCUGUAGGUCUUGACUUCCUUGGAGAAAGACAAAAGCCACGAAGAAGGAGGGGAGAGCGAGCGUCACGCGAGGGAAGCAGGGAGGUGGGGCACUGGCUGCGCACCCGUUUAUAAUUUUUUGCCCUCCGCUUCCCCUCCGUCCCCAUGGAUUACCUGGGAGACAAACUCACUGUGGCCCAGAGCCACAUGACCCAGUGGAUGGGGACCGUGAGGCGCUCCUUCCAGGAGGCACUGAACUUGGUGACCACGGCUGUGGCCCACGAGAGGACUAGCGGCGAGGGGCCCGGCAGGACCCCCUUCAAGCGGACGGCUUCCUUCCGACACUUUGCAUCCCGAAGUCGGGAGUCCUUCCGAAGGUUUUCUGUCCGCAGCCAACAAAGAUUCUCUUCGCUAAGGAAGAGGCAGGCCAGCUCAGAGCCCCCCGACCUCAUCUCAGGCCUUGAGCUGAAAAGGAUGCUGGGAGCCAACUAGCCCAACCUUUCUACAUUUUGGGGGGAUGAAAUGAAAACAGAGAGGAGCUUCUUCUUCAGGCUGAUCUCAUUUUGUGAGGAGGAAACCAAGGCUCAGAGAUGAUUAAAAUGGCUUGUUGCCCAGGUGAAGAAAGGAGCAGAGUCGAGGUCGGGACCCUGGCCCCCAGCCCUUUCUUCUUCCCAUCCCACUGCACUGCAUUAGACACAUGGAUGGCACGGGGCCUUGCAAAAUGGCAGCGGUCCCAGUGGACUGACAAAUAAAUACGCCCAUCUUAGUCAAUGGCGUAAUGUAAA